CCUCCCAAAAUCCUCACACUUCCUCCUCCUCAUGUGGGCUUCUCUCGUCCACCCAAAAACAGCAAAUUGAAUAAUAAAAAAAAACCUCGAUCCGCUAAUUAAACACCCACUUGAAUAUAUUUAAUUCGUUUUUUUGGUUGUCGUAUUUUUUAUUCAUUGCAAACGCAAUCUCCCUGCGGAGAAAAGAAGUUAGCUUUUCGUUGCUUCCGCAUGUAACAUCUUCCAAUCUAUACAGACUCCUUCCAGUUUCAGAGAGCUUGAUAAUCCAAAGUCCUCAAAGCUUAUUGGAUUCUGGGUUUUGUGAGAAUGAUGACGUCAUGUCGGAAUAUAGACUUGGGUACGAGUGUGCUUGAUCUGAUCGCGUGCGGGUGUGGCCGUCGUCAGCUCCCGUUAGGCAAUUUCUCGAAGACGCUUUGUAAAGCAAGUAGCACGAGAAGCUAUGGCGGCGGGAAUCUGGUGUUCCUCCGGCGAGACAUAGGUGAGAGUUGCAAAGCUGUGCCGACAAAAUCCAAGGACAUCUCUUUGGUCAACGGUAUUGGUCAAGCUAAGACAGUGAGUUUCGAUUUGAGGCAAGAGUCAAAACAGCCCAUAUCGUUGGCAAAUCUGUUUGAGGUAGUAGCUGAUGAUCUGCAGACGUUGAAUGACAAUCUUUUGUCGACUGUUGGUGCAGAAAAUCCGGUUUUGAUAUCUGCGGCUGAGCAAAUUUUCGGAGCUGGUGGUAAAAGAAUGAGACCCGGUUUGGUAUUCCUUGUAUCACGCGCCACGGCAGAAUUAGCUGGCCUAAUGGAACUAACUACAGAACAUCGGCGUUUGGCUGAGAUCAUCGAGAUGAUUCACACUGCAAGCUUGAUACACGACGAUGUGUUAGAUGAGAGUGAUAUGCGAAGAGGGAAAGAAACAGUUCACGAGCUUUUUGGCACGAGAGUAGCUGUGUUAGCUGGUGAUUUCAUGUUUGCUCAAGCGUCAUGGUACUUGGCAAAUCUUGAGAACCUCGAAGUUAUCAAGCUUAUAAGUCAGGUGAUCAAAGACUUUGCAAGCGGAGAGAUAAAGCAAGCGUCCAGUCUAUUUGACUGCGACGUUACGCUCGACGACUAUUUACUCAAGAGUUACUACAAGACAGCCUCGUUGGUGGCUGCAAGCACCAAAGGAGCUGCCAUCUUCAGCAGAGUCGAGACUCAUGUGACAGAGCAAAUGUAUGAGUUUGGGAAGAAUCUCGGCCUCUCUUUUCAAGUAGUUGAUGACAUUUUGGACUUCACUCAGUCGACAGAGCAGCUGGGGAAGCCUGCAGGGAGUGAUUUGGCUAAAGGCAACUUAACCGCACCCGUGAUUUUUGCGCUGGAGAAGGAGCCAAGGCUGAGAGAGAUCAUUGAGUCUGAGUUUUGUGAGGAGGGUUCGCUGGAAGAAGCCAUUGAAGCAGUGAUAGAAGGCGAGGGGAUCAGGAGAGCACAAGAAUUGGCUAGGGAGAAAGCUGUUGACGCUUUGAAGAAUCUGCAGUGCCUGCCUCGAAGUGGCUUCAGGUCAGCUCUGGAAGAUAUGGUGUUGUACAAUCUCGAAAGAAUUGAUUAACUCUCCAAAAGAAGUUUUUGAAAGAUUGAGACACAUGCUUUUUAAGUACAGGAACUAUAGUAAAACAUACACACACAAGAGGAUUUGGCUGCACUACAGAGAUUGUGUUGUCAACAAUUGUAACGCGGUUAGUUCAUAUUUCAGAUAACACAUGAUUUCAGCUAAAUCAAAUCUUUUCAAGUCAGU